AUGGGAACAAUGGCUCAAAGAGUUGAAAGCUUAUCUCUGAGUGGAGUAACAUCCAUCCCAAAGGAAUACGUGAGACCAAAAGAAGAGUUAACAAACAUAGGAAACAUCUUCGAGGAAGAGAAAAAGGAAGAAGGUCCACAAGUUCCAACGAUUGAUAUAAAGGAGAUAAACUCUUCAGAUGAAACAGUGAGAAAGAAAUGCAGGUUCAAGUUGAGGAAAGCUGCAGAGGAAUGGGGGGUGAUGAAUCUGGUGAACCAUGGAAUAUCUGAUGAGUUGCUGGAGAGGUUGAAGAAAGCCGGAGCGACGUUUUUUGAGUUGCCAGUUGAAGAGAAAGAGAAAUAUGCAAAUGAUCAAAGUGCUGGGAGGAUUCAAGGGUAUGGAAGUAAGUUGGCUAAUAAUGCUAGUGGCCAACUUGAAUGGGAAGAUUAUUUCUUUCAUCUCAUUUUUCCACAAGAUAAGUGUGAUUUCUCUGUCUGGCCUAAGACACCUGCUCAUUAUACUGAGGUUACACUUGAAUAUGCAAAGGAACUAAGAACCCUAGCCAGCAAGAUAAUGGAAGUAUUAUCUCUUGAAUUAGGGUUAGAAGGAGGAAGAUUAGAGCAAGAAGUUGGUGGAAAAGAAGAGCUUUUACUCCAAAUGAAAAUCAAUUACUACCCAAUUUGUCCUCAACCAGAGCUAGCACUUGGAGUCGAAGCGCAUACUGAUGUAAGCUCACUGACCUUCCUCCUCCAUAACAUGGUGCCAGGUUUGCAACUUUUCUAUGAAGGAAAAUGGAUCACUGCAAAAUGUGUACCUGGUUCAAUUCUGAUGCAUAUUGGUGACACAAUUGAGAUUCUCAGCAAUGGAAAAUACAAGAGUAUUCUUCAUCGUGGAUUGGUGAAUAAGGAAAAAGUUAGAAUUUCUUGGGCUGUGUUUUGUGAACCACCUAAGGAGAAGAUUAUUCUUAAGCCACUUCCUGAACUUGUUACUGAAACUGAACCAGCACGUUUUCCGCCGAGAACUUUUGCUCAGCAUAUUCAUCAUAAACUUUUUAGGAAGGAUGAGGAAGAGAAGGAGAAGAAGAAGGAGAAGGAUGAGGAAGAGAAGGAGAAGAAGAAGGAGAAGGAGAAGGUGGAGGAUGAUCAUGAUCCUAAAAAAUAA